AGGUAAAGGCAAGCUGCAGCCGUGGAGGGUUAGUUUCCUUUAAGGUUUCCUAGGGAGUGCUGGUGCAGAGUCGCUGUGUUGUUUCCGGGGGGGUGGGGAGUUUGCAAACCUUCAUGCAUAUGGCCCCCACCCCCCCAGUGGAAAGGAGGAGUCCCGAGCGGCUUCCACAGACGUGUUUUAAUUCAGCUGCACAAGGAUUUGAAAGAGCGGGGUCGGUCCAAAUUCUUCGACGGUAUAGUCUGCUGUUAGGCGUGGUGGAUAAAUGGAACCUCUGUGUAGAUAGAUCCAGGAACUUCAAAAUCGCCCUGGAAACUUGGAGACAGCAAUGUAGACAGCAUCUGAGUCUACAAGGAGCAGUGGCUCUCUGCCCUGUUACUAUCAAGAAAAAAGCUUUAUACGCUCAUUCAAUGCCUAACGUUUCAGACUCUCACUUUGAGAGCAGUUCUGGAGAAAAUGAGUGUGGUCCUGGAAAGAAGACUUCAAAAGUUAAUCAUCAGGGUACUGUAAAGCCGUUUUGUGCUUCAGGUGCCUCCGUGGCAUCUUUGGGAUCUAGCGGAGACGGACAUUAUCCGUGGGGAUGUCCCGUCACUCACACCCGAGAGAAGUUUUACACUAUUUGUUCAGAUUAUGCUUUCUUAAACCAGGUCACAUGUAUUCGCAAAAGCCCAAGUGCUACAGUUAGUGCCUGCUUACAAGACAAUGCUGCCUUAAAUGCUGGAAUUAAUUCUCCUGGUUUCAUUGGCAUUCGAACUGACGCAUCAGACAUAGUUUUCAAUGAAGAUGCUAACUUGGAAAGCUUGUCCAGUAGCCUUGGAAAACUUCCACUGGCGUGGGAAAUUGAUAAGUCUGAAUUCAGUGAAGCGGCACCAGAUUUGAAGAACAGACCAGGCAACAUGAAGAAGCAAGGAACAAAGAAAUUGUCUGUAGAAAAAAAGAGUAAACAAUACAAAGAAUGUUCACAGCACUAUCCCCUCGAAGAAAUAAAACAACGAAAAGUGUUAGAUCUUCGGAGAUGGUACUGUAUAAGUCGGCCACAAUAUAAGACUUCUUGUGGGAUUUCUUCUCUAGUGUCUUGCUGGAAUUUUCUGUAUAGCACAAUAGGAGCUGGAAACUUACCACCUAUAACUCAAGAAGAAGCUUUGCAUAUAUUGGGUUUUCAACUCCCUUUUGAAGAAAUUAGAUUUGGUCCAUUUACUGGCAAUACUACAUUAAUGAGGUGGUUUAGACAAAUUAAUGAUCAUUUCCAUGUAAAAGGAUGUUCAUAUUUUCUUUAUAAACCUCAUGGUAAGAAUAAGACAGCAGGAGAGACUGCAUUUGGAGCACUGUCAAAGCUAACCCAUGGACUGCGGGAUGAAUCGAUGGCCUACAUCUAUCAUUGUCAAAAUCACUAUUUUUGCCCAAUUGGAUUUGAGGCGACUCCAGUGAAACCUACUAAGGCAUACAAAGGGCACCUGUUGCAGCAAGAAGUUGAACACUGGAUACUGAUUGGAGAACCAAGCAGAAAACAUCCUGCCAUUCACUGCAAAAAGUGGGCAGAUAUUGUAACUGACUUAAAUACUCAGAAUCCAGAAUAUCUAGAUAUUCGGCACCUCGAAAGGGGAAUUCAGUAUCGCAAGACAAAGAAGGUAGGAGGAAAUCUUCAUUGCAUCAUUGUUCUUCAGAGGCUUCACUGGCAAAGAUUUGGUCCGUGGAACUACCCGUUUGGAAACAGCAGGCCAGAAUUGCAACCCCAGUCCCAGACACAGGGCUUAGCCAAAUCUGAAAGUGAAGACAAUAUCUCCAAGAAGCAGCAUGGACGUCUAGGCAGAUCUUUCAGUGCUGGCUUCCAUCAAGAGUCUGUCUGGAAGAAGUUGUCUCAUCUUCAUGAAAGGCGGAACAGUGGUUUCCAGAGUUACACAGACUAUGAUGGGAACGACUAAAAGGAAUUUCUUGUGCAGCUGCUCUACCGUAAAAUAUAUCCUUAUGAUAUGGCAAGGUUUGUUGUGCACAUAGCAAGGAAUAGAUAUACAGGAUGCCUUCUUGGCAGUGGUUGUUGCAUAAAAACCUGUGGGAUAGCUGUGCUUGACAUAAGGAGAGGUGUUUUAGUGCAAAGAUAAGCACAGAAUAUUGUACACUUAACAAUCCAGUAUAAUCAGCUGUGGAUCGGACAGUGAAUACAGAACAAAUCUAGAUAAAAAACAUUUUGGGGGAAAUGUAUUAUUAGAAGAAAUACAUAAUAUUCAAAGCAUGAGAUUUGUUACUUUCCAAUACUAUCUAUUGCCCAUGUAUUGACCUAUGGCGGUAAAUGUAUAGGAUACAUUUAGUUUUCAGUAAUGCAAUAAGGACAUCAUCGUCCACUUCUGAAUAUACAAAACACCAAACGUUAGUCAAACUUCUGGAAUUAUUGGAUGGUUUUUGGUGUCUACUAGAACAUUGUUCUGUAUGAUUUAAGUUUGUUUGCAUUGAUUGGGGGGGCAGGGCUUUGUUGGCAGCCAUAGGCCAAUAAGCCCAGGGAACUGUUAAGGUACCUGCUUGCUCCUUUUUGGAACAGGCAGAAAAUACUUUUCACUGCCAGGUGUAUACUGGUCUAGCACCUUUGUGUGUAAACUGAAUCUACUUCACAUUUGGUAAACUGCUUUGAAGCCAAUCUUCCCACUUUCAUAUUAUUUUUGACUACAGUAUGAGUGGCUGAAGUUACAGUCCUGUUUCACUGACAUUUCUGUCCCUCUCAUACACUCAUUUUCUAGAUACUGUAAUUGUUCUGUUGUGUAAUAAAGGGGAUAGUUCAAGUGCUGAAUCACACUGACACCCCUAGUGAUAUACCUCUUUGGCCAGCACACUGUUUGUACCUUUUCAGACAACCAUGUUAAAUAGCUUUAUUUGGAUGUUACAAUAUUUUGCUCUCAUAAAAAAAAAAACAUUUUAAUGAAAAUAUCAGUGGGAUCAAUCUUGUUUACAACACUUGUCAUGGUAUGUUUGUAGGUUUGCAGUUAACUAAAAAUUGGGAACUUGCAGUGUUUUUUCCCCCAUCUAAUAAAGUUGUUUUCUAGUUUUGUCA